GCGCACAACAAUACAGAGGAAGGAGACGCAGGCGAAGUCGGCCACCCGUCCGUCCGUCGUCUGGAGGGAAGAGCUGCCCGGGCAGUGUGUGCUUCCCGUCUUUCCUCCAUGUAGAGGUGGAUGAGACCGGCUUUGGGUUCCUGGAUCUCACACUGUGCGGAAUGUGAUAAUCUGAGUCCAAAAUGGCGACACGGCUGUUUGAAGGAAAGGAGCAUGCGUCGUAUUACCAAAAAUUCAGGUUUGAGCCAUCGCAAGAAAUAAUAGACCUUAUCUUCAGUUACGUGGAUGAAAGGUUACCCAAACCGUAUGGAUUUGCUGUGGACGUUGGCUGUGGAUCGGGGCAGAACACAAGAAUUCUCUCUCCAUACUUCGAGAAAGUUCUCGGAACCGACAUCAGUGAGGCUCAGUUAGAGGAGACCAAGAAAGCCCAGGGGUCACCCAAUGUCACAUACAGUCUCUGUCCAGCUGAGAAGGUGCCGGUUGGUGACGUCUCUGUUGACCUACUAACUGCAAGUGCUGCCGCCCAUUGGUUUAACAUUGAGAAGUUUCUAAAAGAGGUCGAUCGGAUCUUAAAGCCGGGAGGCUGCCUUGCUUUCUUCUCCUAUCUCCCCUAUAUGGAAAUUCACUACAAGGACCGCUCAGAACAGAUGACUCAAGUCUUUGCAGAGAUCGAAGCUACUCUGGCCCCAUAUGAGCAUGAGAAGUUUGAACAUCUCAGGAAUGGAUACAAGGAAAUCUAUGAAGCCAUCCCAUACCCCGACAAAAGAAGGAUAGAAAACAUUGUGACCAAGAUCCGAAUGCCAUUGGCAGGGCUGAUGGGUCUUAUUCAGACCUUCUCCAUGUUCCAGACGUAUCUUAGGACGGAGCCUGAGGAAGCGAAGGAAAUGAUAAGAACAGUAGAGGAAAGGUUCCUUCAGAUCAUAGGGACGUCCUCCAUUGAAACGGAGGUUGAACUUUGCUUCCAAAACUUCCUGGUGUUGGCUUCUAAACCUCAGUGAAGCAAGGAUUUGGAAAACCAACGCUGAACCCUGCAAGACGUGUCCGGAGACCCCGCUGAUCAGUAUUUUACCAUAUCAAUGUUCUGUUAACAGUUUCUAUAUGUCAGAUGUACAAUUUGGCGCAAUGUAUAAAAUCAGACCAAUAAGAGAAUAUUGUAUAAGCG